AUGCCGAAAAGAAAAUUGGAAAAGGACAGUUUCCUAAAAAUUAUUGUAAAUGACGAUCUGGAAAAUUGUGAGGAUGAAUCGGAUUGUGACCACGAUGAACAAAGUGAUUCCGAAGAAGAACACAUAUCUGAAGCUUCUGAGGACGAUGAUGAUGAACUAUCUUGUGAAUCAAACAUUGCGUUAUUUCAACGUAAAUUACGAGUCAGAUAUGUGGAUGUGGUGAAGUUAAGAUCUAAACAGGCCAAAGUUCCAACUACUCGCCGAAAAAUUGUGAAUGUUUCUCGAAAAGCGGUGGCUAAUAAUCGGAAAAUUCAAAAUGUUAAGUCGUUGAAUGUGAAAUCGAAGUGUAUCAAUAAAGCAUCGAAAUCCAGCCAAUCCAGCCCUCAAUCAAACAUUUUCAAAAGUAAGGACGGAACAAAGUGGAGAAAGAUGCCUUUUCCACAAGCAACAUCCCGAGCAAAACACAACGGCAACAAUUCUUUCGACACAUUAAUCAUUCCUCAGGAUGUAGAAGCAGCUAGUCCGAUUGAUUUUUUUAAAUUGUUCUUUACCGACGAAGUCUGUGACGAAAUUUUGAGAUACACCAAUUUGGAAGCAUUAAGAUUCUACGAUUCGAAAAAAUGUCCGUUGGAUGAGUGGAAAUUGGUGGACAAGGUUGAGUUACAUGCAUUUUUUGGAUUGUUGAUUACUGCAGGACACAUGAAAUCGUGCAAUGAAAACUACAGAAAUUUCUGGCAUCCUUUUUAUGGGUCCACAUUCUUUCAAGCUACUAUGGGACUCACACGGUUCGAACAAUUGCUUCGUUUCAUACGAUUUGAUGAUAAGAAUACAAGAAGUGCAAGACGCAAGAUCGACAAGUUGUGCCCAAUUCGUGAUGUAUGGGAGAAAGUCACCGGAGGCUUCAAGAAAUAUUACAUUCCAUCGCAAAAUCUCACCAUCGAUGAACAGUUGAUGCCAUGCCGGUGUCGCUGCUCUUUCAUUCAGUUCAUGCCUAAGAAGCCCGACAAAUAUGGAAUUAAAAUUUUCUGGAUAUGCGACAGUAAGACGGGAUUUCCAGUCCAAGGCUACGUGUACACUGGCAAAAAUGGGGACAAAAGAACAGUUGAUUUGGCACGAAUCGUUGUCGAAACUCUAUGUGAAUCAUUUCAUGGAACAAAUCGAAACAUCACGACGGAUAACUAUUUCACUAGUUAUCCACUGGCUGAAAGUCUUUUGUCGAAAGGCUUGACCUUGGUUGGUACACUUAAGAAAAACAAAACGUGCGUUCCAGUUGAAUUCUUGCCGAAUAAAGGCAGAGAGGAAGGAUCUACUAUGUUCGGGUUCCAGAAGACCAUUACGCUCGUUUCACAUGUACCGAAAGUUGGUAAGGCUGUCUUAUUUUUGUCUACGAUGCAUCAUUCGGACAAGGUCAUCACAGAUCAAGUGAAGAAACCAAUUUCGGAAAUAAACAAAUUCUACAACGGAACAAAGGGUGGAGUCGACACAAUGGAUCAAAUGGUGCACGAGUAUAUGACGAAACGAAAGACAAACCGAUGGCCGUUUGCGUUCUUUAUGAAUUUGCUGGAUGUAUCGAACAUUGCCGCCUUUAUUUUAUGGUGCAAGAAGUUCCCACUUUGGAACGCAAAGAAGAAGAACAAGAGAAAUCUGUUUUUGCGUGGACUGGGAGAGGAGUUGGUAGCAGAACAAAUUGCACGCCGAGAGAAAACAAUCCAACUUCGUCAAACGUCACGUGAAGCAAUAGCGGAUUAUUAUGCUCAUGUUCAAGGUGUGAAAAAAGUCAAAGGAAAGGGCAAUGCUGUGAGUGAUUCAGGCUCGAAUGAUUCAUCCCCACCAGCGGCAAAACGUCGUCGUUGUCAUUUGUGCCCGUCUCAACAAUCAAAAAUGCAAAAACAGUUUUGUCACAAGUGCUACAAGAACGUAUGUAAUAAUCAUUCCACUUUUACUCGUCAAUGUUCGGCCUGCAAGCCUUUGUAA